AUGGCCUCGCGAUUUGCUGGAAAUACUGUCUUUUGGGGCGAUAUUGCAUUAGAUGAGGACGAUCUGAAGUUAUUUCACAUCGACAGGACGAUUGAUUUGACCGAACACACGGUGGGAGAAACGAGACACACCACAGGUGGCCUUGGAGAAGAACCUCAGGAGUCAAGACCAAACACCACAGUAACAAAUCGCGGCGGCAAGAAAGUUAAAAAGGGUGGCCAUCCCAUCGCCACGCUUCCCUGGAAGUCCAGGAGAAGGGGCUCCAAGGCAGAGCCUUCCCCCAGGGUCCGCAGAGCCACCACCUCCAGGAGCGAGAGGAUCUGGCCCGGAGGGGUGAUCCCCUAUGUCAUCGGAGGAAAUUUCACCGGAAGCCAACGAGCCAUUUUUAAGCAGGCCAUGAGGCACUGGGAAAAACACACCUGUGUGACCUUCAUAGAGCGAACGGAUGAGGAAAGCUUCAUCGUGUUCACCUACAGAACAUGUGGCUGCUGUUCGUACGUCGGCCGGCGCGGGGGAGGCCCCCAGGCCAUCUCCAUCGGCAAGAACUGUGACAAGUUCGGCAUCGUGGCCCACGAGCUGGGCCAUGUGGUGGGAUUCUGGCAUGAACACACCCGACCAGACAGGGACCAGCAUGUCACUAUCAUCAGGGAGAACAUUCAGCAAGGUCAGGAGUACAACUUCUUAAAAAUGGAAGCCGGGGAGGUGAAUUCUCUGGGAGAGACGUAUGACUUUGACAGUAUCAUGCACUACGCCCGGAACACCUUCUCAAGAGGGGUCUUCUUAGACACGAUCCUUCCCCGCCGAGAUGACAACGGUGUACGGCCAACGAUCGGCCAGCGUGUCCGGCUGAGCGAGGGAGACAUAGCCCAGGCCAGAAAACUCUACAAGUGCCCAGCAUGUGGGGAGACCCUGCAGGACACGACGGGGAAUUUUUCCGCUCCUGGUUUUCCGAAUGGCUACCCUUCGUAUUCCCACUGUGUCUGGAGGAUAUCGGUUACCCCAGGGGAGAAGAUUGUUUUAAACUUCACAUCUAUGGACUUGUUUAAAAGCCGCCUGUGUUGGUACGAUUAUAUCGAAGUCCGGGACGGCUAUUGGAGAAAAGCCCCACUCUUAGGUAGAUUUUGCGGCGAUAAAAUCCCGGAGCCCCUCAUCUCUAUGGACAGCCGGCUUUGGGUUGAGUUCCGCAGCAGCAGCAAUAUCCUGGGAAAGGGUUUUUUUGUGACUUAUGAAGCUAUCUGCGGAGGAGAGAUUCACAAAGACGCCGGGCAGAUUCAGUCUCCCAAUUAUCCGGAUGACUACAGGCCUUCCAAGGAAUGUGUGUGGAGGAUCACUGUGUCUGAGGGGUUUCACGUGGGGCUGUCAUUCCAGGCAUUCGAGGUGGAGAGACACGACAGCUGCAUUUACGACUACCUGGAGGUCCGGGACGGCUCCACCGAAGACGGCCCUCUGAUCGGCCGCUUCUGUGGCUACGAGAAACCAGACGACGUCAAAUCCAGCUCCAACAAAAUGUGGAUGAAGUUUGUGUCCGACGGCUCUAUCAAUAAAGCAGGGUUUGCCGCCAAUUUCUUUCAGGAGGUAGACGAAUGCUCCCAGCCAGACAACGGCGGCUGUGAACAGCGCUGUGUCAAUACGUUGGGCAGCUACAAGUGCAUCUGUGAUCCUGGCUACGAGCUGACGGCCAAUAAGAAGACCUGCGAAGCUGCCUGUGGAGGCUUCAUCACCAAGCUUAACGGGACAAUCACCAGCCCCGGCUGGCCUAAGGAAUACCCCACAAACAAAAAUUGUGUGUGGCAAGUCGUGGCUCCGACCCAGUACAGGAUCUCCCUGCAAUUUGAAGUAUUUGAGCUGGAAGGCAAUGACGUCUGUAAAUAUGACUACGUGGAGGUCCGGAGUGGGUUGUCAUCUGAUUCCAAGCUCCAUGGCAAGUUCUGUGGGUCUGAGAAGCCAGAGGUGAUCACCUCGCAGAACAACAACAUGCGAGUCGAAUUCAAGUCGGACAACACGGUGUCUAAGCGCGGCUUCAAAGUCCACUUCUUCUCCGAUAAGGACGAAUGCUCCAAGGACAAUGGAGGGUGUCAACAUGAAUGCGUCAACACAUUUGGAAGUUACGUUUGUCAGUGCCGAAACGGGUUCACGGUGCAUGAAAAUGGACACGACUGUAAAGAGGCUGGCUGUGAGCACAAAGUCAGCAGUGCCGAGGGGACCAUGGCUAGCCCAAACUGGCCAGAUAAAUAUCCAAGCCGGAAAGAGUGUACCUGGAACAUCUCAGCCACCCCUGGGCAUCGAGUGAAAAUUACCUUCAGCGAGUUUGAGAUCGAGCCACAGCAGGAAUGUGCCUACGACCACCUGGAAAUCUACGACGGGCCCAACAGCAAGUCCCCGGUCCUCGGACGCUUCUGCGGCACCAAGAGACCGGAGCCGGUGGUGGCUUCGCUGAACAGGAUGUUCCUGCGGUUCUAUUCGGAUGCUUCAGUACAGCGCCAAGGCUUUCAGGCAAGGCACAGCACAGAGUGUGGGGGCCGGCUGAAGGCUGAAGUCCUGACAAAAGAGCUGUACUCCCACGCCCAGUUUGGAGACAACUAUUACCCAGGGCAGUCCCAGUGCGACUGGGUGAUCGUCGCCGAGGACGGCUACGGAGUCGAGUUGAUAUUCCAGACGUUUGAAGUCGAGGAAGAGGCAGACUGCGGGUACGACUACAUGGAGGCCUACGAUGGCUACGACAGUACCGCCCCGCGGCUGGGGAGGUUCUGUGGCUCGGGGCCCUUGGAAGAAAUCUAUUCCGCCGGAGACUCGCUGAUGAUUCGAUUUCACACAGACGACACCAUCAAUAAGAAAGGCUUCCAUGCUCAGUACGCAAGCACCAAAUUUCAAGAUGCCCUGCACAUGAAGAAGUAGAGCCGGAUCGCUUCUUGGGAGACAUGGCCAGCCCUAACAUUAUGACACCUAACUGUGAGAUUUUUCUUUUCUUUCUACAACAGCAGCCCUCGGAGAGUCUGACCUGAAAACAGUGUACAGAAUUUUCUUCUCUAACUACGACUCCGAAGCUAGUCUUCAAGAAAUGCUUUAGAAGUGGCCAGCUGGGCACCCUCCCCCGUUGAUAUUCCAGGACCCAGUGUUUUCUUUCAGUUGUGGUUGCCCAACAGGUGAAAGUUUCAGGUGGGUGAGAAGGAUAGAAUCGGCUAGUCACCGUGUAACUCACAAGCAACGGGCCCUGGAGAUGAAGGCUCACCUUGUUUUAAUCUAAUAACCUCACCUCACUGUUUGACCUGAAGGGAAGGGAAGAGAGCUGCUUUCUCUCUGGUCCUUGGGAGCCUGGAGCAUGGAGUGUGCAGGCUGACAUUUGCUGGGAGCUGGAUAAGCAAGAAGAGCAUCGUUCCAGCCGGAGAGGGAAAAGCAGAAAUGCAGAUGAUGUCACUGGGAGACUGCAUUUUGCAGGAAGCCCUCAGGUUCUGCUGACAGGAAGCCAGAAAAACUGUCAUCAUCCCCUCCAGAUGUUUUCAUUGGAUGCUGCCUGAAAAGUUUACCAACACAGGAUCCUGAAUCUGUAUCCUCUAUGUGGG